GCACAAAUGUCAAACCACAAAAACGGUUCCAAUGUAAACAAUAACACAAGUUCCGCGUUCAGCUGUUUCGCGAUCGAAUUUCUUUCGCCUUUUUCCUUCUAAUAACAUCGACUGUAUAAAAAAAAUCGGUUAUUAUUCGCGCUCUCUCUGUAUACGCUACCCCAUCCACAAAAUAGUUAUCAAAAUGCAAAGUUUAACCCGAACGUCGCACCUAGUAGCGCCAACGAUGACUGUGAUGAUACUGCUGCUGCUGAUACCGAUCUCGUCGGAGGUGGAAAUCGAUUGCAACAGUUUGCGGAUGGGACAGUUCAUUUGCCCCGAUCCGGCGCUGCGUCAGAUUGAUCCGAAAACGCAGCAACUGCGGGGAUGUACGCCGGACAAUAAGGCACGCGUUUGGUGCGUCGCUGUCGAGGGGAUUGUGUGCAGCGAAACGAAAAACACAAGCUUUACCCGUGAAAUGCCCUGCAAAUGGACCAAUGGAUAUCACUUUGAUACCGCACUACUGCUCUCCGUGUUUCUCGGCAUGUUCGGUGCGGAUCGGUUCUAUCUGGGCUAUCCCGCCAUUGGGCUGCUAAAGUUCUGCACCCUUGGCUUUAUGUUUCUGGGCCAGCUGGUCGAUGUUAUACUGAUCGCAACGCAGGUCGUGGGACCGGCCGAUGGGUCGGCAUACAUCAUACCCUACUACGGACCGGUCAUUACGGUCGUGCGUAGUGACAAUUGGACGUAUCGCCUACCGCAGGAUAACUGGUGAUUGCUGGCCAACAUCUUCCGGCUACCACGAUGGCCGCAGGUGGAAAACUAAGAAGAGGGUCACAUGUCUUAUCGGUACCGGGAUGGACAAAUAGAGAGGAGCGAGAUAUUAUUGCUCUCCUUCAUUGCGAAAUACCACCCCGAGACGAGACAUCCUCUUUCCUUUUGCUCCAGAAGCAAAAAGGUACGAAAUGUGAUACGAUAGCGUGUAGUAGAGAGUUUGUUGGUAAUGUUUUUUCCCUCCUCGAGACAGUGAAGCAGAAUAAAAUGUAGCCAAAAUUAGUAAAAAAUUAAAUACAAAAUACCGAUUUGAAAUGUACGAGAGACUGUUAAGCAAAAA